CAUCAACAUGAAAAGAAAAAGAAAAAAAAACCCGCAUCGCUUUCCGAAUCCUCAUGUUCUUCUUUCUUCAAUCUUCAUCUUCAAAUCCCAAUUCACACAUCGCGUUAGGGUUUUCACUUUUUCAUACUUCAAAUUUUCCCUUCACCAUCACAACCACCACUUUCCCCUCAAUCAUAAAUCCAACGAUGCAACGCAACUUCUCAAUUCCUCCAUAGUUUAACCGUAACGGUGUUUUCCUCAUCGGAGAAUACUUCGGAACUUAACCUCAUCGGUUUCUAACUACAUCUUAAACGAUGUUGCAGUUUCAUCCUCAAGGUUCUUCUAAACAAACUUGUACUCUUCUCACUGUUACUUCUGCAACACGUUGUGCUGAGCAGAAGCAUCCACAGAAUCAUCACAACUUCCCUUUUCCUGAGUUGGUUUCUUCAGGGCGUCUUGAGGUUCAAACUCUAUGCAAUCCGGAAAAGGAACAGUUUUGUAAAGUUCUUGAAUCGUAUCAGCCGAGUAUUGUUUACUUACAAGGAGAGCAGUUAGUGAAUGAGGAAGUUGGUUCAGUGGUUUGGCAAGGUGUGGAAUUAUCCACCCCUGAAGAUAUAUCAGAGCUCUUCGGUACCAGUUUGCCGACUGCGGUUUACUUAGAAAUCCCAAAUGGAGAAAGUUUUGCAGAGGCCCUUCAUCUUAAGGGAAUCCCAUAUGUUGUAUUUUGGAAGAAUGCCUUUUCUCGAUAUGCUGCCUGCCAUUUUCGUCAAGCAUUUUUUUCAGUGGUGCAGAGCUCAUCUACACAUACAUGGGAUGCUUUCCACCUUGCACAUGCCUCUUUCGAACUUUACUGUGUUCAAAAUAAUCAAGUACUUCCUACUGAUAGCAAUGAUGCUGAUAGUGAUAUGGGGCCACACCUUCUUGGUGACUGUCUCAAAAUCCAUAUUGACCCUCCAGAGAUGGGUGAAGAAGAAGAAGAUGAUGACGAUGAUGAAAGUUCCUCAGGCAGUCUUCCUUCUAUACAAAUACAUGACGAUGAAGUGAACUUGAGAUUUCUAAUCUGUGGUGAACCUUCCACAGUUGAUGAAUCAUUGCUAAGAUCUUUGGAGGAUGGACUCAGAGCUCUUUUAACUAUUGAAAUACGUGGUUGCAAGCUCCAUGGCAAGUAUAGUGCCCCUCCACCACCUCUUCAGGCAGCUGCUUUUUCUCGCGGAGUUGUGACCAUGCGAUGUGAUAUAUCAACCUGCAGUUCUGCACAUAUCUCACUUCUAGUGUCUGGCAGUGCACAAGCCUGUUUUAAUGAUCAGCUCUUGGAGAAUCAUAUAAAAAAUGAGAUAAUUGAGAAGGGUCAAAUAGUUCAUGCACAACUCAGCGAAGCAAACAAACAGACUAUCUCUGAACCUCGUAGAUCUGCUUCAAUAGCAUGUGGAGCAACUAUUUUUGAAAUUAGCAUGAAGCUUCCCCAAUGGGCUUUGCAGAUUUUGAGACAACUAGCACCUGAUGUUUCUUAUCGAAGUUUAGUUGCACUUGGCAUUGCUAGUAUUCAAGGGUUGCCUGUAGCUUCUUUUGAGAAAGAUGACGCUGAGCGCUUACUUUUCUUCUAUCAAAGCUCUGAGAAAGAUGGCUGUGCAAACCACAACAUAGUUUUCAGCAGGCCCCCCAUUUGGUUGAAACCUCCCCCUCCAACAAGAAAGAGGAGUGAAUCCAGCCAAGGGGCUAGUCCUGACAUAGAUGAUGGUGUCUUUUCAGGGCAGGGUGCUAUUAAAAAAGUAGAUGAAGAGGAAAAGGAUAGGAAAAUGGUGAAUGGGAUUAGCACACCAUUAACUCCAGCUAGGCAGAGAUUAAAAGUAUCUGCAAUGAGGCCAAUUCCUCAGGUCCGUCGCCAUAGAAUGACACCUUUUUGUGGACCUUCUGAGAUGGAUGGUUUUGGUGGUGCCCAUGUUGAGGCUAGUGUGCCACUUGUCCCUAUGAAGCGUAGUAGUAUCGCAUCAUCAUCUGCAACACAGAGAAAAUCAUUUUCGAGCUCAGCUCUGUCUAAGCAAGUUAUUUCAUUGAAUCCAUUGCCGUUGAAAAAACACGGUUGUAGCAGAGGCCCAGUACAGACUUGCUCUGAGGAGGAAUUUCUUAAAGAUGUCAUGGAGUUUCUGAUUCUCCGGGGGCAUAGCCGGCUGAUUCCCCAAGGAGGGCUUUCUGAGUUCCCUGACGCCAUUCUGAAUGGAAAACGCCUUGAUCUCUACAACUUAUAUAAAGAGGUGGUUACAAGAGGAGGAUUUCAUGUUGGCAAUGGCAUCAACUGGAAGGGACAAAUCUUUUCAAAGAUGGGCAAUUACACAUCAACAAAUAGAAUGACUGGAGUUGGAAAUACACUCAAGAGACAUUAUGAAACCUACCUUUUAGAAUAUGAAUUAGCACAUGAUGAUGUGGAUGGAGAAUGCUGCUUGUUGUGUCACAGUAGUGCUGCUGGGGAUUGGGUGAAUUGUGGUAUAUGUGGUGAGUGGGCCCAUUUCGGCUGUGACAGAAGGCAGGGUCUUGGCGCAUUUAAGGAUUAUGCAAAAACAGAUGGGCUGGAAUAUAUAUGUCCUCAUUGUAGUAUUACAAAUUUCAAGAAAAAACAAAGUGUUGCUAAUGGGUAUUCUCAAGGGUCAAUGUCAUCACGACCUUUUUAAUAAACUUUCCUCCACCCCCUUAUUGAAUAGGGGUCAACUAGAUUGUCCCUUUUGUUGAUUUAUUUGUAAUCACUAUGUUUUAGAUAGAUUAGUGAAAUAUAGGAUUAAAAAAAAUGAGAAUUAGGGUUAAUUGACACAGAUGUUAGUAGGAGUAGGCUUGCCUCAACCUCUUCCACCUUUGUUCUUGAUUAAGAGGGACAAAAUUUCCAAAUUCAGAUUAUGGAACUCCUUACCAGUUUCAACUCCAUCAAGCUCUCCAUCAUGAGCAGUGACUUGAAGUUUACUUUAUUCCCACUAUCCUACUGUAUUGAAAGGAAAAUGUAUAGUCUUAGGCACUGACCAUGUUUAUAUGAUUCAAUUUAAUUUAAUAGAUCACUUUUAAGUCUUUUCUAUUUCA